AUGGCCGAGAAUGGAGUUCACCAAAUCACUCAGGCUGAGCUCCUGGCCCAGAUGGCCGAAUUGCAAGCUGAAGUUCGCAGACUCGCUGAGAUAUCUGCUCAGAACAACUCCGGCAAACAGGAAGAGAACGGGUCCAAGGGCCCAGGCAAAGACAACACAGACCUGCUAAGCGUCAACCCACCAAAGGAGAAGCUAACCUUGGACAAUCCGUUCUUCGAGGAAAUCACCAACUAUCAAAUGCCGAAAAAUUUCACACUGCCCUCUUCUCUUGAGCCGUAUAAGGGGAUUGGUGACCCCCGGGCUCACAUUAAGAAAUUCCAAUCUAUGAUGUUCUUUAAUGGCCCUAACAAUGAACCCGUACUUUGCAGGGCUUUUCCCACAUACCUCGAUGGAGAUGCGUUACUUUGGUUUUCAAAAUUGCCUGAAGGGUCGAUCUCUUCAUUUGAGGAAUUGGCAAAGUCCUUCAUAGACUACUUUGCGGCGGCACGGAUAUAUGUGCACGGAUCAGACUAUCUUGGAACCAUCCGUCAAGGCCCACAUGAAAGCCUAAAAGAUUACAUGACAAGAUUCAUGGAGGCCACCAUGGAGAUACCAGACCUGGACCCUGUUGUCCACUUACGCGCCCUCAAAGCCGGUCUCAAGCCCGGAAAGUUCAGAGAAACAAUCGCAGUAACAAAACCGAAAACAUUAGAAGAGUUCCGAGAAAGAGCGGCUGGACAGAUGGAGAUCGAGGAACUGCGCGAAGCCGAAAAGGCAAAAAGGAGGCAACCCAGAAAGGAAGAAAGUCGAACACUAAGGGUGGCCGACUACAAGGAUUCUAGGAAACCAUUUAAGCUCACCCCAAAGUUCAAUAAUUAUACCAGGUUCAACACAAAGAGGGAGAAGAUAAUCAAAGAGAUACUUAAUGCAAAAAUUAUAAAACCCCCAGCAAGAGCAGGUAGCUAUCAGGACCAACGAUUCGUCGACAGAAGUAAACACUGCGCUUUCCAUCAAAAGUAUGGACAUACAAAUAUAUCGAAGGAAGGAAAUAUAAAGAAAACAGUCGAGACCGAGAAGAACGCCAACAGACCUCAGGAAGCAAAGAAGACAACAAAUGGUCAAACAAUGUACCACCAAAAGGUAUUAUAA